AUGGCUCCCUCCAGCGACGCCGGCCUCAUAAUGUCGGAUGCCCCGUCCCGUGCGGCGGGUACCCCUAGACGCUCCUUCAUGCCCAGCUCCUCUGCUGGCGGAAGGCCACGAGUGCCGCCGUCCGAGAGCAUGGGUGCUGUCAGUGACGAUGAGGCCGAGGGCUUCGCUGACGACCAGGUUCCUCGCGGAUCAAGGAUACCCGACAUCACAAACAUUCCCCGCGUUGAGGACAAGAUUGGUCUGAUGGUUCAGGACCACUUCGAGUCCUUUAUCGAGGGAUUCAUAGAUGACCCGACUUCUUCUGGCGCACCGACAUCGAGCGCUGUCACAACGGACAAGUACUAUAUUGCCCAGAUUCACGGCAUGCGCACAUACCAGCUGUCCACCUUCUACGUGGACUUCAAGCACUUGGUGACAUGGCAAAACGGCGAGUUGGCAGAUGGAAUCAUGCGUGGCUACUACCGCUUCCUGCCUUUCCUUACCGCCGCCUUGCACAAUAUGAUCGCCAAGCAUGAGCCGCAGUACUUCCGCGAACAUAGGCAACCUACCUCGUCCAGCAACCCCACCAACUCGGCCGCGAGCCAGCUGGGUUCCGCCAGCCAAACAGAAAUGGGCGGCAAGACAGCCAACCAGCAAACUGACAAACUUUUCGCCAUUGCGUUCUACAAUCUGCCCCUAAUCUCGCGAGUCCGCAGUCUCAGGGCGGCCAACAUCGGCCAGCUCCUCUCCAUCUCCGGUACCGUCACGCGGACGUCAGAAGUUCGCCCUGAGCUUUCUCUUGGUACCUUUGUGUGCGAGGCUUGCAGGACGGUUGUUCCCAACGUCGAGCAGACCUUCAGGUACACGGAGCCUACUCAGUGUCCCAACAAGACCUGCCUGAACCGCCAGGCGUGGCAGUUGGAUAUCAGACAUAGCACGUUCGUCGACUGGCAAAAGGUGCGCAUCCAAGAGAACAGCUCUGAGAUUCCUACGGGGAGCAUGCCGAGAACGAUGGACGUUAUCAUGCGCGGAGAGAUCGUAGACCGAGCCAAGGCUGGAGAGAAGUGUAUCUUCACCGGUGCGCUCAUCGUCGUGCCAGAUGUUAGCCAAAUGGGUCUGCCCGGUCUGAGACCAAGCGCCGUUCGAGACGACAAGGUUUCCAAUGGCGCCGAUGUGGGCGGCUCUGGCGUCAGUGGUCUCAAAGCACUUGGUGUCCGCGAUCUUACCUACCGUCUGGCCUUCCUUGCUUGCAUGGUCACCCCCGAUGUUUCCAACUCGGGCCAGGCAUCGAGUGGGCAGGUUUCAGACAUCAUCAACUCGUUGACCCAAAACAACACACACGAUGCUUCAGAUUCGGUCGAAGAUGUUCAAGCCGCAGUACUUGCAUCCAUGAACUCCUCGGAAAUCGAGGAGCUGCGCGAACUAGUCCAUAGCGAUCACAUUUACUCGCGACUGGUAAACUCGAUUGCACCGACGGUCUAUGGCCAUGAGGUUGUCAAGAAGGGACUCUUGCUUCAACUUAUGUCUGGUGUGCACAAAACCACAGCUGAAGGCAUGGAGCUGAGAGGUGACAUCAACAUCUGCAUCGUAGGCGACCCCUCUACGUCCAAGUCCCAGUUUCUCAAGUACAUCUGCUCUUUCGCCCCUCGCGCCGUCUACACUAGUGGCAAGGCGUCUUCCGCUGCUGGUCUCACAGCCGCUGUGGUCAAGGAUGAGGAAACCGGCGACUUCACCAUCGAAGCCGGUGCCCUUAUGCUGGCAGACAACGGCAUUUGCGCCAUUGACGAGUUCGACAAGAUGGAUAUCGCCGACCAGGUCGCCAUCCAUGAAGCUAUGGAGCAGCAGACUAUAUCUAUCGCCAAGGCUGGAAUCCAGGCCACCUUGAACGCCCGCACCUCAAUCCUUGCUGCCGCCAACCCAGUCGGCGGUCGCUACAACCGCAAGACGACGCUCCGCGCCAACAUCAACAUGAGCGCCCCCAUCAUGUCUCGUUUCGAUCUCUUCUUUGUCGUGCUCGAUGAGUGCAACGAAUCCGUUGAUCGCCACCUUGCGGAGCAUAUUGUUGGACUUCACCAGCUGCGCGACGAAGCCAUCGAGCCUGAGUUCAGCACCGAAACCCUGCAAAGAUACAUCCGCUUCGCCCGCACCUUUCGGCCCGAGUUCACUCCUGCGGCUAAAGAGCUGCUUGUUAAACACUACAAGGAGCUUCGCGCCGACGACGCACAGGGCGGAAUCGGCAAGAACUCAUAUCGCAUUACAGUCCGUCAACUGGAGAGUAUGAUCCGUCUAUCAGAGGCGAUCGCCAAGGCCAACUGUGUGGAGGAGAUCGAACCGCCUAUGGUCACCGAGGCCUUCAACUUGCUCAGACAGAGUAUCAUCUCCGUUGAGCACGAUGAUGUUGAAAUCGACGACGAGGAGUUUUCGGAGGAGGGCGCAGCCCUGCUUCGUGCGGCCUCUGAGGCAGCAGGCCAACCAGCCGAAGAGGGUGACAUGGUCGUUGACGGAGCCGAAGGGACAGCAGCGGCUGCGGCCCGCCCCAAGCAGACUAUCACGUUCGAAAAGUACUCGAGCAUGGUCAACUUGUUCGUCGAGCACGUCGCUGGGGCCGAGGCUGAGAACGGAGAAGGCGUCGAAGGUGAUGCGCUCGUGGAAUGGUAUCUGGAGCAGAAGGAAGAUGAGUUGCAAGACGUUGCACACGCCGAGGAGGAGAGGGCGUUGGCCAACAAGGUGCUCAAGAGGAUGGUCAAGGAGAAUAUUCUCAUGGCUGUCCGUGGCCAGGGUCUUCUUGACGAAAACGAGGCAGGCGAGGGAGCGUCUGCGGCCGCCGAGGCGGAGCAGCGCAUCAUCUUCGUCUUGCAUCCCAACUGUGCUGUCGAGGACUUCUAA